AUGUCCACCCCCGCGUUUACCGACGUCGAGCUCCAGGAGGUGCUCGCGUUCACCGUUGCGCUUGCGCGCAAGGCUGGCGAACUCAUCCUCGAGGGUUCGGCGGUCAUCUGCGCCACGGGCGCGGUCGACGAGAAGAAGAACGCGGUCGACUUCGUCACCGAAUAUGACCGCCGCGUCGAGGAGCUCGUCGUCGCCGAGAUCAAGGCGCGCUACCCCAGCUUCAAGUUCAUCGGGGAAGAGACCUCGAGCGUGCGCGCGCCGGUGACCGACGAGCCCACCUUCUGUGUCGACCCCAUCGACGGCACGACGAACUUCGUGCACGGCUUCCCGCACGUCUGCAUCUCCCUCGGCCUCGUCCUCGGCAAGCGCCCCGUGCUCGGCGUGCUCUACAACCCAUUCCUCGACGAGCUCUACACCGGCCUCCGCGGCCAUGGCGCGUUCCUUGCGCGCCCCGCCACGCGCCCCGCCCUCGCGCCCGCGCGGCUCCCGCUCAGCGCGCCCCGUCCGCUCCCCAACCUCCAGGGCGCGCUGAUCGGCGUCGAGUGGGGGUCCGACCGCAGCGCGGCGCUGAUGGAGAAGAAGGCGGCGAGCUUCGUGCGCCUGGGCGGGGACCCCGCGGGGGGCGUCGUGGGGGGCAAGAUGGCGCACUCGCUGCGGAGCCUGGGCAGCGCCGCGCUCAACUACGGCAUGGUCGCGCAGGGCGGGCUGGACGUGUACUGGCCGUGGGACGUGUGCGCGGGCGCAGUCAUCGCGCAGGAGGCGGGCUGCCUCGUCGCCGGCAAGCGCGGCGCGCCCUUGGACAACAACGUCGACGAGGAGAUCCUGUGGGGCCGCAAGUACAUCGUCAUCCGUGCGAUUGGAGAUAGCCCAACUGAGAAGGGUGUCGACGCGCAGAAAAGACUGGUGAAGGAAUUCUACCAUACGGUCGAGGACUUUGAUCCCCCUGCCCCCAAAGCGUGA